GUGCCAACGAGCUCGCUAGAUGAAUGCUCUCGAUGGGUUUUACCGUCGGAAACAGGUUUAGCAUUCUCCCCAUCCUCGUCUUCCCAAAAAGACGAUUCCCGUCGAACAAUAGCGUUCGUUACUACGCCGAUGGAGAUUAUUAUGAUUUCGAGACGGUCGCUUAUGGACCAUGCGAUGUGGCUUAUCGCUCGGAGAAAAUUCGAGAGAGCUGUGCAAGUUGCUGCUACUAUGGACACUUCUGAGGCUGUGGGCACUGUGUUGAGCUCAGCGUUGCAACCACUACUUAGUGAUAAGGAGUACCAUAGGGCGGCGACUUUGACGUCUCUCAUUGAUAGUGAAAAACACGGGGCUAUUUGGAAGUCUAUUGCUGCUGAGUUCGAGUCGUAUGACGCCUUGCAGUUCCUCGUAGGGUAUUUGCCUACUGAUGUUAAUACGGCGAAAAGGAGCGGCUUGGUAGAUGCUGAGAUUUACGAUAAGACAAUUACGAAGUAG